UCAAAACAUCUUGUAACACACAGUCAAAGUGUGUUAUGACCUAAUUAAAGAACACAAUAAGAAAGAGUUUCUUGUGAAAGCUCUAAGCAACUAAGUAGUCAUGUGAUUACAUUUGCGUCGUUUAGAGAGAGAAAAAACACUUACGUAAACACGAAAAGAAAUAUGAUUGGUUAAUAUAAUUACAAUACUCUUUGUAUUACACCAUGACUAUAUAAAUAAUUUGUUUUAUUUUGAACAAAAGAAUAAGUAUAUAUGUAAUCAAUGUUGCAUGACGAUUACCAAUAAGACAACAUAAUAUAUUUUAGGGUUGGUUUGUCAUAAACUUUUAGAUUUCAGCGAAGAAAGUUCAGCAGCUUUUAACGUCAGCACAAUUUUUAAAAAAAGAUAAAUAUAUAUUUAGAUACAAAUAUUUAUAUAUGAAAUCUGUUUCACGGGUGAGUUUAGUCAGUUCUCCAUCUUUUUUGAUAAUUAUGUUUAUAAUAUCAUUGACUGAUAUUAUCGAUAUUUAGUCUCCUUGGUUCUUCAAAGAUGAUUUUUGGUUUUUUUAGUUGAACAACAUUAAACGUUGAAAGAAUCUCAGAACGGAAAAUAUAAUUACAUAUAUAUUUACAAAAAAUCACGUUACACGGAAACAACGAACAAACGCACUAAUAAACAUUAUAUGUAGAAACAGAAGAAACGUUCUGUUAAGAGCAUUUUUGAAGAAAGAACGUCAACGCGGAUAUUAUAGUCAUGGCAACGGCAGUACCUCCAACAGGAUCUUCUCACCACGCAUUGAUCACUAACAAUGAAUAUCAAAUUAAAUUGGUCACGCUUCUCAAUGAAUGUUGUGACCACUUACGUGAAAUUUUACAUGAUCCUGCCCGUGGCAACAUGCCAAGAGAUAAGAAACAAUUAUAUCUGUCAUUAAAACAAUAUAAGAAACAUUUAAAGCAUUUGAAAAAAGAUCAGCUGGAAAUCGUUUUUCCACAAGAUAAGGAAACAGAUUCGGAAUUGUUUGACAUCACUAUUUUAUGUGACGUUCUAAUUAAUUGUUGUAACGGCAUACAAGCACCAAUUGGUGGAUGGAGAACUAGAAAACCGCAACAAAAUGAUUUCAGUGUCGGUGCUGACAUCAUUCGAAUCAGAAAUGAGCGCAAUAAUGUUAUGCAUGGAAGAGCAAUGAGUUCAGCACAAUAUAAUCAGCUAUGGAAUGCCAUAGAAGGUAUAUUAAGAAGACUCGGAUACGACAUAACAAAAAUUAAAGAUUUGAAAUCUGGUUGCUUGAAUGACUUAGACUUAUUUAAGAUCAAAAUUAUCAAAGCAGAUACUGAAAUUUUAAAUUUCAAUGUUAACAAUAAUAAAGACAGUAUUCAGCAAAACGAAGAUGGUAUUAAACAAAAUCAAGGUGACAUUAAAGCAAGUAAAAACAGUAUUCAGCAGAACGAAGAUGGUAUUAAACAAAAUCAAGGUGACAUUAAAGCAAAUAAAGACAAUAUUCAGAAAAACAAAGGUGGUAUUAAAGAGAAUAAAGAUAAUUAUAAUCGAUUAGCAGCCGAAGUGGAAAUAGUAAAGCAAACUAUCUCUUCAUCAUCAUGUGAUCAGAAGAGUUCUCAGUUGGAAGAAACUAUAAGAGAACAACCCAGCUAUAUACUAUUAAAAAAUUUCCGGGGAGAUUUUCUAAUACAAUUUGAAGAUGGCUGCUCGCAGUGGUCUCUGAAAAGUGUACAAGUCAUCAUUACUGAAAAUUUUGCGAUACAAUCAAUAGAACUUCAUGUCGACAACGAUUACAUUGUGGAAGAAGAAGAAGGGAAACUAAUCCUGAUUAUUUACAAUCACAUUGCCGAAUUUAUUAAUGGGUUAUCAGUUACGUUAGUUGACAGUGAAAGUAAAACUCAAUUGAUUCCAAUUAAAGAUAUUGCACUGGUCCAAGCACAUAUGUGUACAACCAGUUAUUUUGAUGUUAGAACCCACAACAGUGGAAGAAUAUCUGAACAGAUAAAAUGCAUUGUAGGAGCAGAAAGAGAAGAAACAAAUAUUGAAUUUAUAUGUGGUGGUAGCCUGCAAACAAUGGAACCUGAGGAGUACGAAGCAUUUGAAAGAGAUUACAUCCAGCGUUAUUUCACCGUCAAUGGUAAAUGCAUGGAAGAACCACUCCAAAUUCCACCCCCAAUGCCAAACGUCACACAUUCCUUAUUCGCACAAAAGAUAAAGGAUGUUAUAAUCGAAUUACAACAUCAUAUGUGUACAAUAUUUACUCAUUAUAGCACGAAGGAACAUAUUCGAUUUCUAAAACUGGAUAAAGAAUUUUCUUUGAGUUUGGAAAGCACAAUUACUGAUAACAAAAGAAUUCUACUUGUGUUGCCAAAUUAUAUCGUCAACAUUAGAUAUACAGAAACAACCGACGCAGUAAGAAUACAAGAUGAAGUCAAAGCAGGCGAAGAAGACUUGAAGGAGCUAUCUAUCAUCACUAAAAAAUAUUUUAAAAAUGGUCACCUGACAAUGGUAAAUGUUGUAGCUGCACCACAUUUUGCAGAUAUCGAAAAUUUCCACCUUUGUGUUGACUGCAACUUACUCUCCAAAACAACUUUGGCUGAGGAUAAAAAUAUGACGAAGUUCUUUUCAAAUAUUUUGCAAAGCUCACAAGUACAAAAUAAUGUUCAGGACAACAAGGAACGGUAUAUCAACAUAGUUGGUAAAGUCAUGUGUUUUAUGGCUACAAGAAAAGCACUCUAUUCUGUUCCUUCACUCAGUAACAACGUCCACGAACAAAUAAGCUCGUUAAUACUUUCUCCACAGCAACUCCGUCAUUUAUACAACAACUCUUUAAAAAAAAUUAUAAUCGGUCCUCUAGGCAGUGGUAAGACAGUGCUAGCUUUAGCACAUUUGGAAAUAGCUUACGAGCGCUCUGAGAAUAGAUCGAUCAUAUACUAUGUUAUUUGGGACGGCAACACAUUGCUGAAACGGGAUAUUGUCAAUCUUACUAAAAGAUUUAAUUACAAAGCCGCUGUCGAAGUUGUUGUAAAGGAUACUGUCGAGUUAGCUAAGGAUUUGAAAAUGAAUGAGGUGCCAACACCAUACCAGCUAUUAGAGUCAUUGGUUAAGAAACAUGUUGACCAAAACCUGCAUCUAAUAAUUGAUGAAUUAAAUGGAGAGUUCUUUAACAAGGAAGAAUCAUCUUUGCUUAAACACUAUCUGGAAACUGAAGACAAAUUAAAUAACUCCUUCAUCAUUUUUUUCCCACAAUCCAUUGAGAAACAUAGAACAUUAAUUUCACACCAAAGAGUCACAAUACAUGACAAGUACAAGUAUGAAGAAACAGGAAUGAAAGUAUUAAAACUUAACAGAGCAAUGAGAACAACCCGGAUAAUCUUUCAGUUUUUAAAGGCUUUUGAAAAUGAAGUAGAACAAGACAAGGUAACAAUGAAGCUUCCCGAUCAGGAAUCAAAAGGUGGAAUGUCCACCAAAACAAAUAUCGAAAAAAUACUGAAUUUCUUUUCCAAAAUUUGGAAAAAACAACCACAACAGCGGCAAGAGCCACAACGGCGACAACAACAGCAGCAGCAGCAGCAGCAGCAACCACCACCACCACCACCACCACCACAACAACAACAAGGACAAACUACCAGUAGCAAUGUCACGCCGAUAAUAAAAGGAGAAGAAGAAGUAUUUGAAACACCGGUUAAUAUUGAUGUCAUUGCAGCUUCCAUACAAGAUGGGGAUCUUUCGGGUAAUGUUAGAAUUGACACUUCAUUGAAAUUUAAUACAGCUCAUUCAAUCGGUCAUAAUAUUGAAGGAACAAAACCGUUAUUGAUACAUUCGGCAAAUACUCCAACAACAGACAAAGAGUUUAUACCAAUGUUAGCACUUGUUUUACAAGAUGUAUGUUUGCAUCGUGCCACUAAACGUUUGUUCAUCUAUAACACAAUACCUCAAAAAGCUAUUUUUCAUAGAUUACUAAGACUAUUAAAGAUUGAUUUUUUUCACUACGACAAGUACACUGACUGGAAAGUUUUAAAUUGUGAUGAUAUCAUAGUUAAAAAUCUCUUGCAGAGUCAAAAUUAUAACAUGCUCACUACUAUUGAGGGAAGUCGUGGAGUUGAAGCAGCCGAAUGCAUCUGUAUAAUUGAAAGCAAUGAUUGCAAGUUAAAACAUUUGACGUUAGAAGCAAUGUCCAGAGCGACACAAAAACUGGUCCUUGUUUCAGCGUCCAACGUCUACUAA